AUGGCCACGAGAGCUCCAAUGGUUCAAUCGCCAGCUGCGGCAGCCGCAGUUGCCGCCUCAACCGGCGGUAACCAGAACAACUCGUCCUCAAACUCGGGAUCCCAGACUCAGAUUGUCGGAUUGCAUUACAAAAUUGGCAAGAAGAUAGGCGAGGGGUCUUUUGGUGUGAUUUUCGAAGGAUCCAACAUGAUAAACGGAGUUCCAGUUGCCAUCAAGUUUGAACCGAGAAAGACAGAGGCGCCUCAGCUCCGCGAUGAAUACAGGACUUACAAGCACCUGGCUGGAUCUGAGGGAGUGCCCAACGCCUACUAUUUUGGCCAAGAGGGACUGCACAAUAUCUUAGUUAUCGACCUUUUGGGCCCUUCUCUGGAGGACUUGUUUGAUUGGUGUGGACGCCGGUUCUCGGUGAAGACCGUUGUGCAGGUUGCGGUUCAAAUGCUCACGCUAAUCGAGAACGUUCACAGCCACGACCUGAUCUACCGUGAUAUCAAGCCGGACAACUUUCUGAUUGGUCGUCCAGGUUUGCCAGACGAAAACAACGUGCACCUCGUGGACUUUGGCAUGGCCAAAUACUACAGAGACCCACGCACCAAGCAGCACAUUCCUUAUCGCGAGAAGAAAUCGCUGAGUGGAACGGCGAGAUAUAUGUCCGUUAAUACACAUCUGGGAAGAGAACAGAGCAGAAGAGACGAUCUCGAAGCCCUAGGCCAUGUGUUCUUCUACUUCCUGAGAGGCCAAUUGCCAUGGCAAGGAUUGAAAGCGCCCACCAACAAGCAAAAGUACGAGAAAAUUGGCGAGAAGAAGAGCACCACUCCGGUGUACGAUUUGUGUAUGGGGCUUCCUAAGCAGUUUGCGCUUUACCUUGAAUCCGUGAGAAAUUUGCCAUUCGAGGCAGAGCCGGAUUACCAGGGCUAUAGAAACCUGCUUCUUUCUGUUCUUGAUGACAUAAAUGACCGUGCAGACGGGCAGUAUGACUGGAUGAGACUGAACAACGGCCGAGGAUGGGACGCUGCGAUAAACAAGAAGCCCAACUUGCAUGGAUACGGUCAUCCAAACCCACCAGGCGAUAGACACCGUCACGGGCAGCAGCGCAGGUCCAGACAGCCUCAACAGUCACAGCCUCAGCAGUCGAGCACUCCGCAGAACCAGCUCUCCCUGCAACAGAACCACGGUUUGAACAUGAACAACAUCCACCAGUCACAGUCGGCACUGAAUGGAAGCGCCUUGUUGCACCAGCAGCAGGACUCGAACAACAGACCGUUGCCCAACUUGCCUGGCAACUCGAACUAUCUCAAGCAAUCAAAUGCUCAACAGCCACAAGCUUUGAACGAUCCGUUGGUUUCGGGUAACCGCAACAGGCCUGCUCAGGACGGCGAGUCGAAUGGGUCUAAUAAGGGAUUUUUCUCGAAGCUGAUGUGUUGUUCGUGA